AUGGAAGCUAAUAGCUCAACUAUUUCACGAGCCGAAGAGAUAAAAGUGCUGGCUAAUGAAGCUUUUAAAGCGCAUAAAUACAAUCAGGCUAUUGACCUUUAUACGCAAGCAAUUGAAGUAAAUGGUCAGAAUGCUGUUUACUGGGCAAACCGUGCUUUUGCGCACACUAAACUGGAGGAGUAUGGUAGCGCAAUUGAAGAUGCUUCAAAAGCUAUCGAAAUUGAUCCCCAAUACUCAAAGGGCUAUUACAGGCGAGGUGCUGGUUAUUUAGCUUUGGGGAAAUUCAAAGAAGCACUGAAGGAUUUCCAACAGGUCAAGAAAAUCCGUCCAAAUGAUCCUGAUGCUAGCAAGAAAUUAAAGGAAUGUGAGAAGGCUGUCAUGAAGCUCAAGUUUGAAGAAGCAAUUGCUGCACCAGUGGCUGAAAGGCGCUCUGUUGCUGAGUCUAUUGACUUCCGAUCCAUUGGGACGGGCCCCAGUUCAUCAUCUGUGCCCACCCAAGUGGUCAUAGUACCGGUAGCAGUGGCAGUUACCGCAGCAGCUGUGAUGUUGGUGCGAACAGCAAAGCCCGCACUGGUGGUGGGAGUGCUGAUGGUGAUACUGGUUGUGUUAGGAAUUUUAUGGGGUGGCUGGAGUAGUGGUUUAUUUACCAAGCGACCUGUGCUUGACCUAGAAGUGGAGCCCAACUACACUGGUGCAAGGAUAGAGGGAGAUACCAUCACAUUGGACUUUGUUAAGAAGAUGAUGGAUGACUUCAAGAAUGAAAAGCGCUUGCAUAGAAGAUAUGCAUUCCAGAUAGUGUUACAAAUCAGAGAAAUGUUGCAAGCUCUACCCUCUCUGGUUGAUAUUGAUGUUCCGGAAGGAAAACAUUUCACUGUUUGUGGUGAUGUACAUGGGCAGUUCUACGAUCUUGUCAACAUUUUCCAGCUAAAUGGACUUCCUUCAGAAGAUAACCCAUAUCUCUUCAACGGUGACUUUGUUGAUAGAGGAUCAUUUUCUGUGGAAGUCAUCCUCACAUUAUUUGCCUUUAAGUGCAUGUGUCCAUCAGCUAUGUAUCUUGCCAGAGGAAAUCACGAAAGUAAGAGUAUGAACAAGAUAUAUGGGUUUGAGGGCGAGGUCCGAGCCAAGUUGAACGAUAAGUUUGUGGAGCUCUUUGCAGAGGUCUUCUGUUGUUUACCAUUGGCUCAUGUAAUCAACGGGAAGGUAUUUGUGGUGCAUGGAGGUCUUUUUAGCGUUGAUGGAGUUAAGCUAUCUGAUAUUAGAGCUAUAGAUAGAUUCUGCGAGCCUCCUGAGGAAGGGCUAAUGUGUGAAUUGCUGUGGAGUGAUCCACAACCUCUCCCAGGAAGGGGUCCUAGUAAACGAGGCGUGGGUCUUUCUUUCGGUGGUGAUGUGACUAAACGUUUUCUUGAGGAAAAUAAGCUAGAUUUGGUCUUGAGAUCUCACGAAGUGAAGGAUGAAGGAUAUGAGGUAGAACAUGAUGGUAAACUUAUUACUGUGUUUUCUGCCCCCAAUUACUGCGAUCAGAUGGGUAACAAGGGUGCUUUCAUUCGAUUCACGGCUCCUGAAAUGAAGCCAGAAAUAGUUACAUUCUCAGCAGUUCCUCACCCUCAAGUGAAGCCCAUGGCAUAUGCAAACAACUUUCUGGGACUUUUCUCAUAA